AUGAAUUCCUCCAUUUCCAACUUUAAUGUGUCGAGUCAGAGUUAUCGAGAUUCUCUGAGCUCAGCUGUAGCCAAAAAUGUGAUUGCUGUGGCUCUUGGCCUUAUCAUCAACUACAUCAAUGGCACACUGAUUAACACCUUCAGAAAACACCAGAUAUUUUACCUGAAUCCUCGUUACAUCCUCUUCAUCCACCUGGUCUUGAACGAUAUGUUGCAGCUCACUGUAACGAUCAGCCUGUUAGUCUUUAGUUAUGUCUUCUACAAAAUUAAUGCCUCCUUCUGUUGCCUCCUCAUUACUUUUGCCAUUUUCACCACCUUCAAUACUCCAUUAAAUUUAGCGGUCAUGGCAGUGGAGUGCUACAUCGCUAUUAGUUUACCACUGCGACACGCCGAGUUGUGCACCAUCAAAAGAACAUACAUUCUGAUUGGUUGGAUUUGGGCCAUGAGCGCAGUUUCGACGCUGCCGGAUGUGUUUAUUGUUCUGGCAACCGAGCCUGCGCGGUUAUUCCAUUCCACUAUUUUUUGUGAGCGGGAUAACCUGUUCCGACACCCUAUAAGUUUAAAAAAGAGGGAUGUUUCCUACAUAAUUUCCCUAAUUGGUGUUUGGCUCACUCUCUUCUACACGUACUUUAAGAUCUUCUUUGCUGCUAAAGCUGCUAAAGAGGAUGGAGAUGCAACAAAGGCCAGGAAUACAAUCCUGCUUCAUGGCUUUCAGAUACUGUUGUGUAUGCUGACUUAUAUAGCUCAUAUAGUAAAUAAGGCUCUUUUCUACUGGUUCCCUAAACAUUAUAGUCAUGUAGCCUUUGUUAGUUAUAUCUUCAUCCAGAUACUGCCCAGGUUUAUUAGUCCUAUCCUGUACGGGCUACGAGACAAGACAUUUAGACAUCACUUGAAAAAGCAUCUGCUGUGUACAGUCAGAACAAGCAUCAAACCCUGGACAAGAGCAAAGUUCAUGUUGCUGUGCUAAAUAACCCACGAGAAUGAUUUUAAAUAAAGAUUUCAAGGUACGAAUGGCACUGAGAAUGAAAACAAUCUGACCCUUUCAUGGAAUCAUUAAUUAUUUUUAAAAAAAUUCAAACUUUAAAUAAUUGGUUAUUUAACCAAUUCAAGCAUGAACCACAGACUGCAGGCUUCUGCAGCAGAAUUUACUACUUAUGUGAUUAGGCCUGUCACUAUAUUCAGAUUAUCGAC